AUGGCAAAGUCACCGCAUCGGCGCCAUGGCAACUUUCCCCAAAGGCGGACCAGACUGUUGUCACGGGUUGUCAAGUGUGGAGCCCAGUGUGCCCCAGAGAUCACGCUGUCUCGGCCUGAUCCACAUCCAGCAAGCGUCAAAGAAGAGUUGAACCUCCCAGCAGAGCACCUCAACAGCAGUAAACUGAAAAUGGAGCCAAACUGGUCUAGGAAGCGCAGACCCAGAUUUUCCUCUCCAACUGAAAAACGGCAAAGACAUCCCGUCAAAGACAUAACAGCAGCUCUGAAGAGAAUAAGAAUGGCUGUAGCCAAAUCACAGAUAUUUUGGGAAAACAUACCUGGAUCACCUCAGUCUGAACUCCACAUCCAAUCCAGAUCACCCUACCUUGUGUUUGGAUCUGAAGAAUGGGAGCAGGAUGGGAAGAAUGAGUGUGAAACAUUUUAUCUGGAUCCAGACGCUGAGCAGACCAUAUUCAUAAAGUUCGAUCCAGAACCGGGAUUAGAUCAAGACAGACCCUUGAAACUGGAGGAUGAAUCUGAUACCAAAUGUGAAGUGGAUACAGUGGGUGAACAAAGCGAGUACAGCUGCUUACCGGCCUUGCAAGAGUCAUUUUCAUCUGAUCAAGCGACUGAAGGGAUUGAGAGUGAGGAUUUCUGUGGCGUUUGCCUGAACGGUGGAGACCUGCUGUGCUGUGAUCGCUGCCCUAAAGUUUUUCACCUGCUCUGCCAUGUUCCUCCUCUCUCCAGGUUCCCACUUGGUGACUGGGUAUGCACUUUAUGUAGAACGGAUCAGGAUCCUGCAGAGCCCUAUGACUGUGAGAACAUCCAUCACCAUGGGGGAGUCAAAGCACCAUACACAUUGUCCCACCAGGACCAGAGGAGGUGUGAGAAGUUGACCCUGCUUUUGUUGUGUCACGCAGUCAGCUCACCGUUUCACGAGCCGGUCAGCCCUCUGGCUCAAAACUACUAUCAGAUCAUUAAGAAGCCCAUUGACCUCUCAGUGAUUCGUAGGAAGUUGGACAAGAGCAACACUCUUCACUAUUUCACUGUUGACCAGUUUGUGGAUGAUGUCCUGCUGAUGUUCAAGAACUGUGAUACUUUCAAUUACCCAGACUCGGAGGUGGCCCAGGCUGGUCGGAACCUGGAUGCAUUUUUCCUGAACAAACUGAAGGAAAUUUUCCAAGACCAGACAUUCCCAUCAGUCAGCAAAGAAAAAAUGGAUAGAGCACGUCAUCGGUGGUUAAACAGAAAGAAGAAAGAAAGCUACAGGAAGAAGAGAUACAUAUUCAGUGGGAAGAAAUACUGCCUGUAACCGGCACAGUCAGCUGUUUCAUUAAGA